AGGCAUGAAGGCACCUAUCUUUCAAGGAAGCACAGAAGCCCUUCCAAACGACAAAAGUCACAGACUUCGAAUUCGCUUAGAACUUUGGGUGUGGAGCUUACCUGACAUGCCGAUUACAGAAGAAGCCCACAGUCUACGAAAUAAGGCUGCUGCCCGGCUUCUCAAUCUUUCCAACCAAAGUGCUUCGCUUGGCGUUUUUGAAACAACUGUGUACACGAGAAUCUCAUUUCACUUAACGGAAGUUAUCAAAAAUAUCACGAAUCUCGCUUUCGAAGGUUCUCACUCUCUCGCACUAGUGGCAUUGCAGCUUCGCAGUAUAGCGGAUGUGGUGGGAAAAUGCCAGUUCGUGCGUUGUGAGAUAGUGGAAUUAGUGGGACGGUGCAUCCAAAUUGGUAUUUGCUUAAGCAUUAUUCACUCAUCCGCCACUUACUGAUUAUUUCUCAAAUGGUACAGCCGAAUACCAUAUUGUGCCAUAUACUCCUGACUUACUCUGCUAUCUUGGACAUAAUUCCCUAGAAGCCAUCACUCGCAUUUAUUGCUUGUUGUUGCACAUAUUCA